CGACGAGCUGGAGUUGGUUGAUUAUAUCAACGAUUUCACUAAUUUUGACGGCGAGCUUUUAGCCUUUUCCGAGAGUUCUUCGCCGACAAGUAGCCUUUGCAACACCGACGAUCCUUUCGAUUCCGACGUCGAGGAUUGCUUUGAUGUCUGUGAAGGAAAGUCGAAAAGCGAAACGACGGUGUUAGAAGUGAAGAAUGGAAAAGAUAUACAAGGAAUACCAUGGGAUAGGCUUAAUUUUACGAGAGAUAGAUAUCGUGAGACUCGGUUGAAGCAGUAUAAGAAUUUUGAAAGUCUUCCUUCUUCUCGAGAACAUUUGGAAAAGGAAUGCAAGCAAGUGAAGAGAAGCCAAUCCUUCUAUGAUUUUCAGUUUAAUACAAGACUUAUCAAGUCAACAAUUGUGCAUUUUCAGGUAAAAUUUAUGCUUGUUUUCAGGUUGUUGCAAAAUCAUAAGUAGUUUUGAUGUAGAGAUCACUUAAAGGGACCUUUGAGAUUCAAGUGUAAGGUCGUCAUAUCUUUAUAUAUUGGCCACAAGGAACAAAUGUGAAUUUCGGGAUCAUUUCUAUAGUUGAUGGAGACUAGAUUUCGAAUUUGUUUAGUUUAGCACUUGAGGACUCUAUAACAAUUUCAAAUCAAAAAAUUAAACAUAUUUAUUGUGAAGAGAAGAAUUUAAUUGAAAUUUUAUUUGACUUGAAAAUUACCCUUUUUAAUUUUCUUUUUAUCAAGGGAGAUUGUAAGGUGAAUUAUAAAACAAACAGAUCUAAGAAUUGUGAAUGUAAAUCUGAUUUUUUAAAAAAAAUAUUUAUAUCAGUUUGUUCUUUAAUUGACAUACAAUCUUUCUCGAAAGAAGCAAGCAAUUCUUAAAGGUAUCUUUUGUCAUAUGAAUAUCUAAACUAAAUUCUAUCCUUCCUAAAACCAUUUCUUAAAUUACUUUAUAUGCUACUCUAGAGUACUCAGUGUUGAAACUUGAAAGUAAACAUGAUAAGUUGAACUAUAUUCUCCAUCAAAUAUGGUAAUGAUUGUGAAAAUUACUCUUUUCUUUGCUGCUAAUAUAUCAAAAUUGACCAGUUUACAUUUUGAUUUGCAAGGUCCUUUAUGUGGCUUUUCAGUUAAGGGUCCCAAGGAAACUUACUUAGCAAAGAGUGUCUAACGCGAGUUUGUACCCAUGUGUCAGACACAACCAUUUCAUGAAAAUUUUGCAUGAUUUUGGUCCAAAAUAAAGUGUCUAAUUGUCGUACCCAUAUCUGAGUGCCGAGUGUCUAAAUAGGUAUUUGAGGAAAACAUUAGAUGUUAAGAUAGGGGGUUUGCUGCGUGUUUGAGGUCUCUUAGAUCCAACUUUCAUGUAUUUCUUAUAGAAGGAUACACUCAAGAAUUUCAGCUUUAGGCUUAAGAAGUUAAGAUGGUAUAAUUGGCCUCUAGUUUGCUUGUUAAGACAUUUUUAAUGACAUUAAGCAAACAAACCUAACUAUGGCCAAGAUGAAUUGUUAUGUGGCUCAAAUUUGACCAACCUUAUUUUUCAUCACAUGUUAAAUUUCUUGGCUUAAACAAAUUGUUAUGUGGCACUAAUUGACCAGCUUCAUUUUGCUUCCCAUGUCUACGUAUUUUUACAUGUUGUAUCUGUGGGUCGUAUUUACUUCAUCUUUUUGUGCAGAUUAUUGAAGAUGUAAUCAUUACUAUUGAUUUGAUGCUUAAUACUCACAAAAUAUUCUAAAUAUAAAAGUUCGGUCAUGUAAGGAUGGAGUUAUAUCUGAGCAGCUGGCGCUUAAAGGGUACGUUUCAAUAUGGUAUGAGAGGAUAAAUAUAAUUCUGAACAUGUUAGAAAAUUAAUGAAGCUUGCAAUAAUUGUUGACAACACGAUAAUUUUUUUAUUUUGUAAUUUCUUUAAUGCUAUUACUUCCUGUUCAAUAUCUUGGAUGAUUUUUUCUUAUUUUUUAUUUUUAUAAUAAUCUUAUUGCUUAUAUACUUUGUGGUGGAUUGUAGUUUCUCAUUAUGUUCACCCUUCUGUCUGACUGUCUUUGCAUAUGUUAGUAGUUUUUUUUUUUUUUUUUUUUUUUUUUUUUUUCGUAUUUUUUCACUCUCUUCUGCACAGUCCAUAUUUAAGCUGCCGAUGGUUGGAUGCUGACUGUUCAUCAUGAUUCUGUCACCUUGUUUAAGUAAAGACUUCAAUAGUUCUAACAUACUUCCUGUGCCAUGUCAAUUGGCAAGAUGGAGAAUUAGCUAGUCCAAUGUCUACUCCAUUCUGGAUUUUAUUUUAUGUCAUUCUUAGUGGGCUUCCCAUAUCAUCAUGUAGCUGGUUGGUGUAGAUAGGCUUAUCUAUUCCACUUGAUCUGAGAUUGUAGAGGUGCUUACAUAACAGAAUUUACUAGGUUAGAAAUGCCAGACAGAGUGAUGAGUGCAUCAAUCUAAGUUUUUGAGUGUAGUGAUCUCAUUCCUGGUACUUGUAAAAAACUUAUGAUUCGUUUAUUAAGUUGGUGUGAGAAUUUGGUGGUUGUUACUAACUCUCCAAAAUCUGUUUUGUGGUUGCAGCUGAGGAAUUUGUUGUGGGCGACAUCAAAGCAUGACGUUUAUCUGAUGCAGAACUCCUCUGUUAUGCACUGGUCUGCUCUACGUAAGAAAAGUGAAGAAGUGAUUAAUGUGGCUAAACCAAUUGUGCCAACAACGAAAUGCACUCGAUCUCUUCCUCAGCCCUUGUCAAGAGUGCAGAUUAGCACAAUGUGCGUGAAGGAUAAUCUCUUGGUGGCUGGUGGUUUCCAUGGGGAGCUCAUUUGUAAGUACUUAAAUCAGCCGGAGGUGGAAUUCAGUACAAAAGUAACGACAGAGGAGAAUUCUAUUACUAAUGCAGUAGAUAUAUGCCAAAGCCCUAGUGGUUCAAAAUGGAUUAUAGCUGGCAACAAUGAUGCUCAAGUUAGAGUUUUUGAUGCUGCAAAUUUCAUUUGCAUUAAUCAUUGCUGCUUUCCUUGGUCUGUGAAUAACACCUCGAUGAGUCCUGAUGGCAAGUUAAUGGCUGUCCUUGGUGACAGUGCAGAGUGUUUGGUAUCUGAAUCUCAUACAGGGAAAGUCGUCGGUACACUCAAAGGGCACGUGGAUUAUUCAUUUGCUUCUGCUUGGCACCCUGAUGGGCGAAUCUUGGCCACCGGAAACCAAGACACAACUUGCAGACUCUGGGAUAUCAGGAACAUGUCACAAUCCCUUGAGGUACUUAAGGGAAGAAUGGGUGCCAUAAGAGCAUUGAAAUUUACUUCAGAUGGCCGGUUCAUGGCCAUGGCCGAGCCAGCUGACUUUGUCCAUAUCUUCGAUACACAAUCUGGAUAUGAGGAGGCACAAGAAAUCGACCUGUUUGGAGAGAUUGCAGGGAUUUCGUUCAGCCCCGAUACUGAAGCACUGUUUGUCGGAGUUGCUGAUCGCACUUACGGUAGUGUGCUAGAGUUUAACAGGAGACGUCAUAAUAAAUACUUGGAGGCCAUAUUUUAGGAAAUGUGGCUCUUGCAAAUGGCAAACGAACUUGUUUUUUCCACGAGUGAGAUGCAAAUAUUUGGACAUAAUAGUUGAAAGCUCUUUUUCUUUUUCGGUGUAUUUUGAACUGUGGAGGCAUUAUUUUUAGAGGUUGAUGCCGAUGCCUCGGAAGUCAUCUAGCAACUUUGCUAAUUAGGGAGCCUUUUUUUCUCCCUAUUAGCGUCAAUGUAAAGAACACAAUGUUUUUAAAAUUUUGUUCGUCUUGUGUAUUAUUAA